AGCAUACGCGUCGUUAUCUCUGAUAAGCAGAGGGUUGUGCAUUGGGUGGGAAUUUUCUCACGGAGUGGAUGGAAAAGCCUUUUAUCGCUUCAAGUAGAGGAUUGGAGGGGAAGAAACACUUCACGAUUUUUUACGCACAGGGCGGGCCUUUCAUUCAGCAAGGCUGUGGGUGAGGGGGUCACCUAGUCACAAUCAAGGAUGUUUGAGUUUCCAUGCGCAGUGACCAGGGAGGUAACACUGAGCGUCAUUUACCCCUCCUCCAGCUCCGACCACUUCGGCCUCCCACACUAACCCAGGGUUUUAAAGUCACCCUCGGUCCAAAACAGGAGAAAUAUAUAAAUAUAUAUAUAUAUAUAUAAAAAAUAAAAAAAAAUCUAAAAGGACGAGCCGCUGAUGCCAUGUGACUUAUUUCUGCCGAGAGGAAACAAGGAAAAAUAAAACGACGGAAGACCUGUUGGCGACGAUGAAUUACUCCAAGGCACAAAUGUCAAACUUAACUGAAGUCGGGGGUCUGCAACAGUCUAUUCCUGCAGGGGUGAAGCUGGAGACUGUGAUGGAGCAGCUGCAGAGGCACCAAGGAGCUAAACUGGAGAUGAACAUGCAGGAGAAACAUCUUCUUCAAGCUCAGUUCCUCUUGGCUCAACAAGCCGCUGCCGCAAGAGCGUCUGACUGUAGACCGAACUUCGUUCUAUUUGGGAAAGCAGAUGAACAGAUCCACCGAACCACCCAGCAUGCUUUGAGAAACCCUCUGAACAAGACGGAGCCAAAGCAGGAGAACGAAGACUCUGACAGAGAAGAGCAAGAGAUGUUGGAGCCUGAGGAGGAGGAUGAAUUGGAAAAUGAGGGAGAUGAGAAGAAAAGACUCCCACUGGUUUCACGCUUCCAGCCAUAUUCCACAUCCCUGCCAGUUGCCAUGGAGCAAAUAUCUGAGCCUUCACCUUCAGCAGUAAAAGAGGAGCAGGAGGAGAAGAACCUGUCGCCUCCUGCGGGUCAAACCAGAUUUACGUCACCCAACGGCCUUGCUGACUGGGGCUACGAUGAGCUGUUCAAACAGAGAGGAAGCAGCAUCUGGACAGAGGAAACUGAUGGAGCAAAAGCGAGAGGAGAGCCAUCUAGAGACUUUGCAAAGCUUUAUGAACUGGAUAAUGAUCCCCAACGGAAGGCGUUUCUUGAUGAACUCUUUGUCUUCAUGCAGAAACGAGGAACCCCUGUGAACCGCAUUCCCAUCAUGGCGAAACAGGUGUUGGACCUGUACAGGCUUUAUAAGCUUGUGACAGAGAAGGGAGGGCUGGUGGAGGUUAUUAACAAGAAGCUCUGGAGGGAGAUCACCAAAGGUCUCAAUCUGCCCACCUCCAUCACCAGCGCAGCCUUUACCCUGCGCACUCAGUAUAUGAAAUACCUGUACGCGUUUGAGUGCGACAAGAAGGGUCUGAGCUCUCCGGGUGAGCUGCAGGCGGCGAUCGACAGUAACCGCAGGGAAGGUCGACGGCCCAGCUACACCGGCAGCCUCUACCGCUACUCUCCUUCCCAGAGUUCUGCUCCACAUUCCCUCCUGUCCUCACCUACGGUGCAAACUACCCCAACCACACACAAUGGCAUGAACAUGUCUGGCAGUCCAAAUUUAAAAAGAAGCUCAGACGAUCCUUCCACGCCUGUAAUAUCCAGGCCCAUGGCUCUGAGCCACCAUCAGCAGCCCAGUCAUCCCAAUCAGCUCGCACAAGCCGCCACAUUGGAGCAACUCAGGGAGAGGCUGGAUCGAGCAGCAGGUGGAGCUCCAGUAGAUGGUCCGGAGAAGAAAAUGAUGCGGCUUGCGGAGGAGCAGCAGCGCCUCAUGCAGCAGGCCCUGCAGCAAAACCUGCUGGCGGUGGCCUCCCACUUCAACCCCAUGAGCCUCAAGCUCAACAAUGGGCAUGAAAAGAAAAAGGACUUGUCACUGAGCAUCUCUACUAAUGGACCAGCAAGUAUCAGUGUAUCUGUGGAGGUUAAUGGUACAGUUUACUCAGGGACGCUGUUGGCCCAGAAGUCGGCUGCUCCCGUGUCAUCGCAAACCAUCACUCCGGCUGGAACAAGCGGCUUCAGCGCCCUCUCCUCGUCUCACAGUCCAUCCUCUUCAUCUUCCACCUCCUCAAAGGGACCAAAUUAAAGCUUUUUAAAUCUGUCUGUAGUGCACCCAAUAUGCGUCUCUUAUCUAAAGAGUGAGAAGUUCAGGGAAAAAUAAUCUGUCAAGCAGGAAAGCAUCUUUCUUUUUUGCUCAACCACUUUUGAACUACUCUGACAGCUCAUUAUUACAAAUUAUGUCUUCAAAAUAAUUUGUGUCAAGUUGACAAUAGUGUUUAACUUAAGGGCCUUCAAAUAAAUCUAGAUUCAGAUCAGUUUACUAUAGUGCCUGUUAGAGUAUUUUGUUCUUUAAUAUAGAGGAAUUGUUGUCUAAAAAACUUGACUUGGAUUGUUAUGAAUUGUGCAGAAUACACAGUGAACAUCAUUGGGUUUUAUUUACAUUAUUAAUGAAUUACACUUCAUUAGGAUUUGUUUGCAUAAUGAUCCAUAGAAGAAUGUAGUUGCUGAAGUGCAGCUAACGGAGACCAAAAAGCCUUAGCUCAGUGUCAAAGCAUCUGUCUUCAGCUGUUUUGCUGAUGCCUCUUGUAUCGCUUCUGGUAGUUCAUCUUGAUUGAUGCUUUAUACUUUUCAUUGAGGAUUUCAGAUAGUAUGCAGAAAACCAGCUUUCACUGGAACAUAGCAUCAUAAGACGCUUGAGUGUGUAGACUGGAUGAAUUAUUUCAUGUUGUGAUCUAUUUACCAUUUUUUUUUUUUUUAAUCAUUUGUGUUUAAACACUUAUUUCCUGUCAGCUGUGAGAGUGAGACAAUGAAUAUGCAGGGAACUAUUUGUAAUGUUGAAGUGGUGCAACAUUUACCUCAGUUGUCUUCCCAUGUUGGUAUGUUUCUCAGACUUGUUUAUCUGCUAAUGUGUUGCUGUGUUUGUAUAAAAACAGAGAAUUUUUUUUUAAUGACCUCCUGUUUUAGAAAGGUGAACACUGACAGAUUACUACCUCAUUCUGCUAGAAAUAUGCAAUGCUGCAUGCAGCGUGUGUUCGUUUAGCCACGAGCUAAAAACAGUCUGUAUGUGGACAAUCAAAUGGACAUAUCUUCCAGAGCUGCUUCCAGAGCUACAUUGGCAUUUACCUCUGUGCUGGUCCUGAGUUGAAUAUUAUGUUUAGAUAUGCAGCCAUGAGAAAUAAAACGAUGCGUGGGGUUGGAAAAACUCUAAAUUGGUAAAUCAGA